CCAAGCAUUGCGAUUCAAUUUCUUCUGAUCAGUGAAUUGUUAACGUCUGGCCGUAACGGUAUGUCUCUGUUGCAAUAUUUUCUAGUUCUCAGCGCCGUGGUCUGUGUGGCCUGGGCCACACCUUUGGGUGGCCGUGUUGUGGGUGGCAAUGAUGCUGCACCCGGCCAGUUCCCCUAUCAAAUCUCGUUGCGUCGAGAUCACAGCCAUAUCUGUGGUGGUUCGAUUAUCGACAGACGUUGGGUUUUGACGGCGGCCCAUUGUGUGGUCAUUGAAGGCACUGAACCCUUCCCCGCUGAUCGCUUUACCGUGCGUGCCGGUACCCACAAUCGCAUUGCUGGCGGUAUCAUUGUCAAUGUGAAACGUGUCAUUGUCCAUCCCGGCUAUGUGGUCUACAAUGACUUGGCUUUGCUGGAAUUGGAAGAGGAGUUGGAAUACUCUGAAUACAUUCAACCCAUUGAAUUGGCCGAAGAGGAAGUACCAGCCGGUUCGGAUGUCAUCAUCUCGGGUUGGGGUCUAACUGAACAUGCUGGCGCUAAUUUACCCAUUAUCAUGCAAUGGUACACAGUGUCGGCUCUCAGCAAAUUGGGUUGUUCCUCGAAAAUUGGUUUCUUCACCGAUGCCUUGAUCUGUUUGGAUCAUCCAUCCGGUGCUGGUGCCUGCAAUGGCGAUUCGGGUGGCCCCGCCGCCUACAAUGGCAAAUUGGUGGGUGUUGCCGGUUUUGUGGUCAUCAAAUGUGGCUCUACCCGUCCCGAUGGCUAUGCCAAGGUUGCAUACAAUGUUGAUUGGAUUAGAGAGAAUAUGGUGGAAUCGUAAAUUGAAGAAUUUUUUGGGAAAAUAAAUUUA